AUGUGUCCAGAUCUCUCGGUAAGCCCUGAUUUUAGCCUGGGUGAUUUGCUAAUAUUUGCUGGUGGAAGGACAGAGGCCUCCUCCAAACUGCUGUCCAGAGUACCCCCUGGCUCCAUCCCCCGUGAGAUCUGGAGUGCUAGUAAUCUUGUGUUCAUCAAAUACAACAAAGGAUCACAGAUCUCUUUUAUUACGGCUGAGUGGAUGGCUAUUAGUGUGGAGGAAGGGAAGUCUGGUCCAUUCUUACAGAGCUUAACGGCAGGUUCAGUAGCCUCCAGUAUGUCAGUUCAUGGGACAGGUGUAGCUCUGGGUGGUCAGGAAUUUGUCUGGGUGAUGACAGCUGAAGCACCCCGUAAACUGGUUACCAUAGUGUUUGAGGAUUUCCAGUUAGUUGAUGGUGAUCUAGUUGAAGUGAUUGACGGUAAUAUGCUGGAGGCCCCAGUCCUGGUCCACUACCCCUCCAGCAUAACACAGCCGCAUGUCAUAACAUCAACUGGGAAAAAUGUACUGGUGCAUCUUAAAACUGGAGUCUAUUCUCCAGCCCGAAAAUUUAGGUUUUCCUACAAACAAGGAUGUGAUGUUAUGCUGACAUCUCACUCUGGCAUCAUUACCUCCCUGGCAACUUUGUUCGCAACUAUCCUGCAUUCCAGAGAUGUAGAUACUACAUCAGGCCACCCACAAAUGUUACCCUUAAUUUGGAGAAGGAAGAAUUGAGAGAUGGUGAUGUACUCAAGGUAUAUUCAGGGUUGGAUGAGAGUGGUUAUUUGUUUAACACCUCAGGACAGAAUAGUGAAAGCACCAGACUGUUUGCCUCAGACAAGCUGUACCUUGAACUAAAUACCAACUAUGGAAAUAACUCAAAAGGCUUUAAAGCCUCCUUUUCUGUAGACUGUGAGAAGCCAAAUUUCAACCUGCACACAACACCCAGUUCAGAUAACAAGUAUUACAAGUCUAAAUUACGGAUAACCUGUGACAAAGGCUAUCACUUCAGGGAUGAGAUGUAUCAGCCUCAAAGAACUGGCAUAACUUACGUGGAAAUGGAAUGUCAGUUAGGAGGAAAUUGGAAUAUUCAUGUCAUUCC